UUGCGGGAAUCGGAACCGCAUCGACUGGAAGUUAACAUGCCGAAGUUUUAUUGUGAUUACUGUGAUACUUAUCUCACCCAUGACUCUCCGUCUGUGAGGAAAACCCAUUGCAGUGGCAGGAAACAUAAAGAGAAUGUGAAAGAUUACUAUCAAAAAUGGAUGGAAGAACAAGCACAGAGCCUGAUAGAUAAAACAACGGCUGCAUUUCAGCAAGGCAAAAUCCCACCUACCCCGUUCUCUGCUCCACCUCCUGGGGGAGCAAUGAUACCACCACCACCUAAUAUCCCUGGUCCUCCACGACCUGGUAUGAUGCCAGCACCCCAUAUGGGUGGACCACCAAUGAUGCCAAUGAUGGGACCACCCCCUCCAGGAAUGAUGCCAGUUGGACCUGCUCCAGGAAUGAGGCCACCUAUGGGAGGACAUAUGCCGAUGAUGCCAGGGCCACCAAUGAUGAGACCUCCAUCCAGACCCAUGAUGGUACCAGCCAGACCAGGAAUGGCUCGCCCAGACAGAUAAAGUGGAAUUGGACUUACUGCUCUUUUUUUUUUAAUGUAUGCCUUUCUAUUAAGCUGUGGAAGUUGCAUUGCCCAAAUUGUCAACAUUUUUUUUCAUUUACAAUCUAAAAUUGGGGGAGGGAGAUGGAGCCGGGGGGGGGAAACCCCAUAAAUAUUAAACAAAGGCUUUGUAGCAUUUCCCAAAUGAUUUUUAAUGUUUGUUGUUAAAAUAAAAUAUUGAUAAUUGCUUUCUCAUAUUUUGUGUCCUGAAACUAGAAUCAUCAUCAUCAUCAUCAUUUAAUGACCCCAUAAUCCUUUGGAGGGUGGAGUCUGGGCAACUGAAUGGAGCUAGCAGAGUGUUUACUGGCCGGAUGCCCUUUCUGUCACCAAUGCGGAGAAUUGUUCAGCAGAUAUAUUCUUGUGCCCAAAGAGAGAAAUAUCUGGCUCUACCUAGGAUCAAACUCACAGCCUCCUGAUUGUGAGGUGAGAGCUCCACCUCUAAACUAGAAAUGAUUCCAUUAAAGUAGUAAUAAUUUAAGGUGGUAUGCUUAUUCCCAAAAACAACAUUGCUCAUGGUGGGUAGUCCCUUCCAUACCUUUCAAACUUGCAUAGGCACUCUAUUAUUAACUUGCUCUCAUACUUAGGGUGCUUUUAUUACUCUAAACCAGGGGUGUCAAACCUGCAGCAUCACAUCAGCAUCAGGUGACAUAUUGGGACUUUUCCCCUUCACUAAACCGGGCAGGGCAAGGAGCCAGCAAAUGACACAUCCAGCCCGCAGGCCGCAAGUUUUACACCCCUGCUCUAAACUAAGUGAUGAGGUCUAGGAUAUACCCUACACCUAACCACUCUGAUCAUUGUUCUAUAACAAUCUUGUUUUGAAGGCUUCCUUCCACACAGUGUUUAGAAUACUACUGUGAAACUACUACUAGUUGUGAGUGGGAUAGGAAAAAAGGGCACUAAAUUAAACUUUCUACUCCUUGGUCCUCACGCCAGAGAAUAGUUUGCACAAUUUGAGAUGAAAGUGCUUUUGCAUUUGUCAUCAGUAUUCAAGAUGGGUUCUUAGUGGUAAAUAUGCUUUCUUUCUUCAACUAUACAGAAAAUUUCUGUAUUUCAAGAUAAAAAUAUACAUGUUCUUCUUGUGCCAUAUCUGUCAUCGGACAUCGGCGAUCAUGUUGGCGAUCCUAUUUUUAUCAGCAGCCGCACAAAAAAGUGUUGCUGAGUUUUGUCCAAACCAGUCCCUUAGAUUUUGAAGCCAUGAUGAUGUUCUUCUGCCUGGAUCUCGUUUGCCUUCAAUCUUUCCUUUCCUUUGUUGCACUGUUAAAAUUAAACAAUUUGAAAACA